UUCCCUCUUUCCCUCCUUUUCUCUCCAAACCCUUCCUUCCUUUCUUCCCAGUUCAUGGAAACUUCCCACUUCCACUUCCAGUCCCAAAUCUCGCAUUUCCCUUCUGAAUUCAUGACCCCUUUCUCCACCAAACUCGCCCAACCAUUCCUCCUCCGCUUCUCCUCUACCGUAGCCACCACUUUCAAGCUCUUCUCCACUGCCACCACUCUUACCCCUUCUGUAGACCAUGCUGUAGUUAUAACUCCUGACCAGCUUAUCCCGCCGCCCCGGCGAAAAAGCUCAAGAGGGAAGAAGGGGAAUAAGUUGAUUACAGAGGCUCAACUUAGACAGAAUUGGUUGGAUUCCCUCUCCUGCCCUUUCCCUGAGAAAAUUGAUUAUAAUAGUAGUAGUAAUAGUAAUUGUUCUAGUGAUCUUCUGAACUUCCAUGGCAAUGGGAGUCCGAAUUUGGGUUCCGAAUGGGUUAUUGGAGUUGACCCUGAUGCUUCCGGAGCCUUGGCUCUCUUGAAACCGGAUCAUUCUGCACAGGUUUUUGAUUCCCCUCACUUGAAAGUACCAAUUGGCAGGAGAUUGCGGAAGCGUUUAGACACAAAGUCUAUUGUACAGUUGCUUAAUAGUUUUAAUGCUCCAAUGGGAACUACUGCCUAUAUAGAGCAAUCAAUUCCAUACCCAAAAGAUGGUAAGCAGGGAUGGUGGAGCGGAGGAUUUGGAUAUGGACUGUGGAUUGGGAUUUUGGUUGCCUCUGGGUUUUCUGUUAUUCCAGUGCCAUCAGCUGUGUGGAAGAAUGAGUUCAGGCUGUCAGGAAGCAGUUCAACUAAGGAUGAUAGCAGGGAAGCUGCGUCCAUGAUGUUUCCCUCUUUGAGUUCUCAGUUAAAGAGGAAGAAAGAUCAUGUUAAAUAUUCUUUUGUAGGUCGAGCAGAGGCAUUGCUUAUUGCUGCUUAUGGAAAAAGCCUGAAAAUGCGUCUUUAUGAUUCAUGUUUGGUGGAUAAUUAACUCCUCAAAACUGGGAUUAAGAAAUCUCAUCUUUCAUUUGCAAGCUUGAGCACUUAGCUUCUCGAUGUAAGACGAGCCUUAUCCAUGAGGAGCCAAGUAAAAGAAAUUGCUGAUUGAUCGAACUACUAAGAGAUCUCUUUGGUUUUAAAGUUCAAUGAGAUCGAUUCUUGGAGAUGGGAGCAAUUGCUAUGGUACUAACAUCAGUUCUUUUUAGGGGUAACAGUCAAUUCUUUUGGUGCUUUGCUGUAUUGUGGGUAUAGGAUUCUCAACCUCUUAUCCUUCUGAUAGUAGAAUUUCUAAUCUUGGUGUCCCUAGCAAAAAGACUAUAAUGUUUAAAGCUGAUUAGUAGAAUCUUUGAAGAAAAUUAUAUGCUUUCCAGGAUAAAAUGUCACUUCCA